AUGCCUCCUGACCCGUCCAAGCCCAACAACGAGGCGAACCUAGCCGUCGCGGACUUCGAGCGCGUGGGUCUCGAGGUGUUCGGCUAUAUCUCCAACGCCGAGCACGACACGCAUUGCUUCGUGCUCAAGGACGACCGGAGGGCGCGUUUGGUGGUGGCGUUUCGUGGCGCGGUCUGCAGAAGGUCCUGGAUGAACAGACUCAGGUUCACGCAGACGGAGUUCAACCUCGACGUGAUGAUGCCAGUGGGCCGAGAGGCCGAAGUGCCAAAGGUGCUCGCCGAAGAGGUCAUGGACCCCUGGCCGGGGGCGGAAUCAGCACCCCUCGCCGCUCAAGUCCGUGGCAAUUACACCGCGACCGGUAUGUCCGCUGCCGCCGCCGCCGCCGCCGGGGGGCGAGAAAACUCUGAGAGCGCUGUGCCCCAGGGGCAUUGUUUACCCCGCACUUCUGCACACCCUGCCGAUGCGGGCUCUUUGGAGAAAAACACCGUUGCCGUCCCGACGUCCCCGUCCUUGUCUACCCUGAACGGCGGCGGCGACGUCAAGAACGACGACGACCACGACGACGACCACAACGUUCUUGGGAGUACGACGCUGACGCCGGCAACGGCGGUCGGUUCGCACCCGGCGCGGGGAAGAUUUUUCUUCCCAAAGAGCGCCAGCAACAUCAGUCGUUCCAUGGACGAUGCCGCUUGGGCCGGCAACGCCAUCAACCGCGGCGGCGGGACGACUUCGGACGCUUCGCCUGAUUGCCCCGCUGUUUUUGCUCCCUCGUCCACCGUAGUGAAACGUUUAACGCGGAGCAGAAGCAGCAGCGCAGGAGCGGCAUCGAGAGAAACGCCCGGCGGUGUCGGCGACGGACUGGAGCUCGACAAGAAGGGGGCCACCACGACGCCUCCGAGUGCACCACCCCCGUACGUCCGACCGGCGAACGCCUCAAGCCCGUCGGCCGCCGCCGAUGGCGGCCGCGACGAUGGCGGCGGCGACGGCAACGGGGACUACGGCGACGGGGGUGGCGGUGGCGGCGGCGACCGUCGGCGAAAGGACGGAGACCAGAGGGGGAACACGGGCAGGCGCUGGAUCCGCAGGCUGUUGAGGACGGCGUCGUCUAUCGGGGCCUCGUCUUUCGGCGGCGGCGAUUCUCCCAUGUGGAGCUCCGACUUCGAGAGUGAGGACGCCGAGGGCAAGGAGGAGGACGAGGAGGACGAGGAGCGUUGGGGCGGGAGAGGAAGAGAAGGCGGCGGGGCGGGGGGAGGACAUAAAGAGGUGGGGGAGCGAGCCGCGUGGCAAGGAGCGAAGGUCGUCGACGCUGCUGCCGGAGAUGCGGAGACGAGAGGGAAAAAGGAGGUGGAGAACAGCGAGGCGAACGUGAAACGAGUGUCUUUUCGUGGGUCUUGUCUUAUUAUAGUAGAAGGGGUGGGCGUUGGGUACGAGGAGAUGGAGGACGCAUUGCCCGCCGCAGCCGCACAACCAGCACAGACAGGCGACUCCUUGAGAGACGCAGAGGAGGGGGUGACGGGGGGACGAGAUGUCUCUCACAGCAGGCAGGUCCACGGGGCCGGGCUUAGCGGGGGCCCCGUUUUGAACAAGUGCCUGAGGGGGAGGGUGCACACCGGAAUCUGGGACUCGUACGAGGCGGUGCGGGAGGAGGUGCACGUGGCCGUCCGUAAGGUCGUGGUUGGUUGGCUGCUGAGCGAGGAGCACGCCCCCGACGCUAUCCAGCUCUACGUGACCGGGCACUCCAUGGGGGGGAGUCUCGCCGCACACUGCGCGAUGGAUCUCAAGAUGUACACGGUGGACAAGAUUCACGCUCGCCUCGGAGACUUCGCAAGAAGGCGCCGCGCUCUUCGGGACCGCGUCGUCUACCGGUCGCUCUCACGGCCCCCUGUCGGGGAGGACCAGCAGCAGCAGCAGCAGCAGCAGCAGCAGCAGCAGCAGAGGGAACGGCGAGACGAGGGACCCGGGAAAACCACGGCCGAUGACGAUAGCGCUGCUGCUGCCGGUACUGCCGCGGCCACGAUUGGCGAAGAAGCCAGCGUCGUCGCCUCACCCGCCGCCGUCCGCGGAGACGACGGCGACGACAGGAGGACGGGGGUAACCUACCCCACGCUGGAGUCAUGCGCCACGCCCGGAGCCUUCCUGUCGUUGGAGACGCCCAUGUCCUCGCGGCGGGGCACGGCGGCGAUGGAACCGCUGGCGUCGGUGUCGUCGAAGUCGGGACCGCGGCCGGUUCAUGAGGGGAAGAACAACGGCGGCGGCGGCAACAAGGCCUAUUCCUCAUCCUCUUCCUCCUCUUCCGACGAAGAUGGAGGUGAUGGCCGCCGCCACCGCCGCAGCAGCAACCGCGGCAGCGGCACGCCCGGAGGGGCAACGUCGAACCCCCCAGGCCUCGACGGGAACCCUUCCGCCGCCGCCGCCGCCGCCGCCGUGGCAUCCCCACCGCCGCCCGACUCAUCCUGCGGCAGCCGUUCCCGGCGGUCCUUCUCGCGGGAAGGUAUACGGGCGGCGGAGGUGCCCGCAGUGGUCGGUGACACCGGCGGCGGCGACGGCGGCGGAAGGAGAGAAGACGCCCUGGGCGAGGGGGGCGAUGGAGAGGACCGGCGGUCUAGGGGAGAGGUUGAGCUAAGCCUGUUCUCGUUCGGGGCCCCGCGGGCGGGCAACCCGCGCUACGCGGCUAGGUACAACGCCGCCGUGCCGCGCAGCUUCCGGAUCGUGGUGGACGGUGACCCUGUACCGGGGUUACCCACCUGGCGGUACGGGCACGCGGGAACCAAGGUUUUGAUCGACGGUCGAGGGAGAGGCCCGCUCGUUCUGGACCCCAGCCUGGCGGAGCAGAGGGUCUUCCCUCGAUCAGAGCGGAGGCGCUACGUGCACCACCAUGACACCGGACGGUACCGGCAGGGGCUCCGCGGCCGGUUGCUGGAGGCGGUCCUCCCCGAGGUGGCAGCAGGCCUGCCCAACCACUGGCCGUUCGCACCCCCGGCCUCCGGCCCGGUCGCCACCGCCUUGUCCACCGGAAACACGGAGGAGGACACCCCUGCCGCCGCCGCCGCCGCCGCCUCCUUCGCAACAGCCAACGAUCCCGUCGAGGUUAACGGCGGCGGCGGCGCCUCCACCGACGAGGCUAACGUGGACCUGGAGACCGGUGGGGGGCACGGCUACGCUGACAACGGCCGCGGGGGCGGCUUCGCGGAAGGGGGGAAGAGCAACGGGAUGCCGGGGGCUCCGCUAUCCACCCCCGCUUGGGGGGUGUCGUUCGACGAAGGCGUUGGCAGCGGUCAUGGCCGCGGGAAGGUUGGGACGCCCGACGACAGGGGGAGAGGGGCGGCGAUAGCGGCGGCCAAGCUGACGCCCGGCUCCAUUCCCUACUUCUCUAGCUUCGACAGCGGCAGCAGGCACAGCAGCGACAGUGACAGCAGCGGCGGCGGCGGCGGCGAGGUCGUCGACGAAGCAGCGGGGGAAGGGACACGGCAAGAAGAGAAGGAGAAAAAAGAGGAUAAGCAGAUGGAAUGAAAAGGUGGUCUGCAAGGGUAGUUGGGUCCAUCAAGAGUCACAGCAGCAGCCGUAGCGGAGGUUGCGUCAGCCGUAGCAGAAGCACCGACGACGACGUGCUUUAGUAUUGGCGGUUAUUUGGUGAAACGGGGGGGGGGGGGGGGGGGGGGGGGGGGGGGGGGGGGGGGGGGGGGGGGGGGGGGGGGGGGGGGGGGGGGGGGGGGGGGGGGGGGGGGGGGGGGGGGCGAGAGGAGGCGGGAGAGACCAAGAGUUUUGUCUGUGGGGUUUGGAUUUGCUUGUCUCGGCACCGGUCACAGCAGCAGCAACAGCAGCAACAGCAGAGGGUGCAACCAAGCCAGAGCGAGAACGACGCGUAUUGCCAUUCCUGUCGAUGUGUUCCUGUUUGCCAUUGGUUCGCGUUGGUGAGGCGGGAUAGUUACAGGGAGGCAUCAGAUGGAGGCGGAGGCAAUACAAUCGGCGAAGAUGGAAGAACAGGCGGGCUGGCAUCGGGUUGAGAAAAUAGGGGGGAAGGGUCCGGGAGCUUUGCGUAUGCGAAGUAUAAGAAUUUCAACAACACAUGGAUACCGCUGUACAGGGCAGCAUUAGGGACAGCUCGUACGAAGGGAAAUCUACCUCCGUGCGCCGUUUAGCGUCAACUACUGUGAUGUUCACGUGUGGCGAGUACAACAGAGGGGAGAGGGUGACAAUCGAGAGCCUCCCCGAGUCGUACGUUGGGGGCGACCAAAAGAAACAGUAGAGUUCGGGAAAAGGAAACUUUCCGCUUGCCUCCCCCUGUGUUUCGGGCGGUGCCGAUACUCUUUGGAAUUCCCGCGCGAGCUGCUGUUGCCUCGUCGGCAAGAAGUCUACGCGUAUGAAGAGUGUUUUUGUUUGUGUGAAGGGGUGAUAGAUAAGGGGAGCCUGGUAUUUGCUCUCCAAGGAGGGUCGAAGAGAGUGAUGAGAUGAUGAUCAAGAUGGAGGUAAUUAAUCGUCUUGUGUACACGUUAUAUACAGUGUAAGUGUUGUUUUAGCCGUGUGUUCGUUACAAGUUUUGCCUUGAAAAAGUGUUUUCCUUGAAUCACCGUUUUGCCUUGUUUUUUUUUACGAAGUAUUUUUGGUUUUGGUCUCGUCCACUGUUGUUUUUUUUUGUUGUUUUUUCUCCCAUCAUUGGAUU